AGGAGGAGAGACAGGGAGGGGUGACAGCGGCGGCAGCAGCCAGGCACGCAGGGUGGAAGGACUGAGCAGUUUGACGAGGAUAGGCGCGUUGUUCCCCUUGUGGUGUGGUGGUGAUUUCAUGUGGAGGAGGAAGAAAAAGAAAGCGAUUGAGAAAGCAGCGAGCUCGUCUUAUUCUUAAACGGAUUUUAUGUAUUGGCUCCCCACAAAAUGUGUACUCCGUGUUGUGUCUCGCAGCUGGCCUGCUGCUGCGGCUCAGCGGCCUGCUCGUGCUGCUGUAACUGCUGCCCCAAGAUCAAACAGUCCACAGGGACCCGCAUCAUGUACGCCUUCUACUUCCUGCUGGUCACCAUCGUCUGUUGCAUCAUGAUGUCCCCCACUGUGGAGGAGCAGUUGAGAGCCCGUAUCCCCUUCUACAGUGAGUUGUGUGAGAGGAUGAAUGCAGGGGAGAACUGCAAAACUCUGGUUGGCUACGCUGCCGUCUACAAGGUGUGCUUCGGCAUGGCCUGCUUCUUCUUAUUUUUCGCUUUCUUCACCAUACGAGUCAACAACAGCACAGGCUGCAGGGCGGCUGUGCAUAACGGGUUCUGGUUGCUGAAGUUUAUUGUGCUGGUGGCGUGCUGCGCUGGUGCCUUCUUCAUCCCGGGUCAGGAAACCUUUCUGGAAGUGUGGCGCUACAUAGGAGCAGCUGGCGGGUUCUUUUUCCUGCUGAUCCAGCUCAUGAUGUUGGUGGAGUUUGCACACAGAUGGAACACAAACUGGAGUUCAGGAGUGAAGUAUAAUCGCCUGUGGUACGCCGCUUUGGCCUUUGUAACUCUGAUGCUGUUCAGUGGUGCGGUAGCAGCCUUGGUGUUCAUGGGUGUAUUCUACACCGACCCCGAGGCCUGUUUACUUAACAAGAUCUUCCUGGGCAUCAACGGCAGCCUGUGCUUCAUCGUCUCCCUGUUGGCCAUCUCCCCAUGCAUACAGAAAUUGCAGCCCACAUCAGGUCUGCUGCAGCCAGGAGUCAUCAGUGUGUACGUCAUGUACCUCACCUUCUCAGCCUUCUCCAGCAAACCAAAAGAGAUGGUGGAAAGAAAUGGUGUGAACACAACCGUGUGCGUGUUUCCCUUAAACGCUGGAACGGAGAGCGACAAGAAGAUUGUCACCAUUUUUGGAACGGUUAUCCUCUUUGGCUGCAUUCUUUACUCUUGCUUGACGUCCACCACCAGGCGAAGCUCUGCAGCGCUCAGAGUGUGUAGGAACAGUGAGCCAGAGGCUGAGAGAGCUCGCUGCUGUUUCUGUUUUGGAGAUGACACAGAUGAUUAUGAUGAGGAGAAUACUGGUGGAGGCCAGAACGUGGUGUAUGAUGAAAGAGAGGCAACCAUCUACAGCUACUCCUACUUCCAUUCUGUCUUCUUCCUGGGAUCCCUCUAUGUCAUGAUGACCGUCACCAACUGGUUCCAUUAUGAUAACCAUAAGAUUGAGAAGCUGUUGGACGGGAGCUGGUCAGUGUUCUGGAUCAAGAUGGUUUCCUGCUGGGUCUGUCUGUUCCUCUACAUGUGGACCCUUUUUGCUCCCAUGGUCUGUCCGAGGCGUUUUGAGGCCUAGGACACCCGCCACUACUCUAGAGUCAGGCUACUCUGAUUCUUGGGAUGUGGCCAGGCAGAGGCUCGCACGCUGAGCCAAGGGACC